AUGAAUCUCACGGCUCUGGAGACAACCAUGGAAGAGCUCAGGCUAAGCGUGAUGAUUGUCAACAAGGGUCACAAGAGAGGAGGAAAGAGUUUAAUAUCGAGUUAUCGUUACGGGGAAAAGGUUUCCUUUACGUUGCAGGAGGUUGAGGAACUUAAGAGUAAAGAAUUUGGAGAGGUUUGUGGGCAAGCUCAAACCUCAACUGAGACAGCUGUGAUAGAGGAGACAGCUGUGAUAGAGGAAAUACAACUUCCACCGACAAUUGUUGGUCAAGGAACAAUGCUCGAAAAUGCAUGGAAACAUCUCAAGGACGAUAGAGUUGGUACUAUGGAGUUACAUGUAGAGAAGAUUCAAAAUGAGAUCGCUCAGAAAAUUGGUCUUGGUGGAGAGGAUUGGAAGAAAAAGGACAAGAAUAAAAAAAGCUUACGUUUAUACAAUUUCUUGAAGGAAAAGAGAUUUGUGCUGUUUUUAGAUGACAUAUGGGAGAAGGUGGAUCUUAUAGAGAUUGGAGUCCCGAUUCCAGCACCAGAAAACCGAUGCAAAGUAGUUUCACCACUCGUCGCCAAGACGUAUGUGAUCGCAUGGAGGUUAAGACCCAAUGGAAGUCAAUGCUUGGGUGACGAUGAAGCAUUUGAUUUGUUCCAAAAGAAGGUUGGACAAAGAACAUUAGGACGCCAUCGGGAUCCCUGA